GCUUGUUGGGAGUUUAGACAAGCGGAGGGGAGCAAAAUGGCGGACGAAGAUAUUACGCUUGAUGGAAAACCUCUACAAUCGCUCCGAGUUGCGGAUUUGAAAGCCGCCCUGGAGCAAAGAAACCUCCCGAAGAGCGGGCAGAAGAACACGCUCAUCAAACGCCUCAAGGGGGCUCUGAUGCUGGAAAACUUGCAGAAGUCUUCUUCCUCCCACAGCGGGCUGCAGCCCAACUCUCAGAUCGGGGAAGAGAUGUGUCAGAACAGCUUCAUCAAACAGUACCUGGCCAAGCAGCAGGAGCUCCUCCGACAGAGGCUGGAGAGAGAGGCGCAGCAGCAAGAGGACGCUGAUGAAAGCCCAGCCGUGCCAGACGAGGACGAGGAGCAGUCGGAGGACAAUGACAGCUCCUCCUACGUCGCUGACAAGCAGCAUCGCUCCCUGCGGUCCCAGCCCUCCCUGUCCAGGCCUGAGGAUGGAGCAGGAGACGUGGCUCUGGAUCUGGGCCCCGGCUCUGCCCUCCUCCACCCGGAGUCCUCCACCGCUUCGGGCACCAGGAUGCAGCGGGCCUCCUUCCUCCAGGGCCUGAAGGAGGCGACGGCCCCGUCUCCCCCCCGUGCGGUGGCCUCCCUCUCGGUGCGCGUCCUGGGCCAGCCCGCCUUGCCCCGAGCCCAGGAGAAGGAGGGAACCGCCCCGAGCGAGCCGGGCUCCGCCCACCCCGUCCUCCACCUGAGCCGCUCCGCGGGCGGCGCGGCGGGAGGCCGGGCGCAGGAGGACAGCGACGAGGCCGACGACGACGAGAGCGACGACGACGAGGACUGGGGGCCGGGCUCCGGCGGCGUGCGGCGGGGCAACAGGGCGCCCCCCCCGCCCCAGCAAAUGCCCUCCAGCGUCCCGUCGGCGGCCGCCAGGUCCAAACGCAAGCUCCAGCCCCCGCAGCACAUCCCCCCGCCUCAGGUUCACCACACGCCCAUGCAGCUGCGCCACCCCACACCGCCGCCCUCGCCGCCCCCCAACCUGUUCCCGCUGCCCGACACCCCGAAGCAGAGCCCGCCGGACGACCCCGAGGCGGAGGGCUCCAACCGGGCGGCGGCCUUCCCCGCCAUGCAGAGGCAGGACUCCGACUCCAGCUCCGGCUCCAGCAGCCCCGAGCCGCCCGCCAAGCGCCGGCCGGGGCCGCUCUCUCUGCUCGUGCACAAGAUGGAGUCCGAGAAGGCCUUCGGGGCGGCGGGAGAGGCCGCCCACUCCUCCAGCAACUUCCCACAAGCCCUGAAGGCGAAGGCGCAGGAGUCCCGAGACGCCGAGCAGGAAAAGGAGAGGGAGCGACAGCAGGAGCUGGAGAGAGAGCGAGAGAAGAAACGGCUGGAGGAAGAGAAGGAGAAGGAGAGGAAACGACUGGAAGAGGAGCAGAAACGACAGAGGGAGGAGCAGGAGAAGGAGAGGAAGCGACUGGAGGAGGAGCAGAAACAACGGCAGAGAGAAGAACAGGAGAAGGAGAGGAAACGACAGGAGGAGGAGAAGGAAAAGGAGAGGAAGCGUCUGGAGGAGGAGCAGAAGCGACGGCAGCGAGAGGAGCAGGAGAGGGAGAGAAAACAACUGGAAGAGAAGGAGAAGGAGAGGAAGCGGCAGGAAGAGGAGAAGGAGAGGGAGAGGAAGCGUCUGGAGGAGGAGGAGAAGAGAAAGGCGGAGAAAAAACUGAUGGAGGAAAAAGAGAGGAAAGAGGAGAGGUCCAAGACGGAGAAGGUGGUCGUGACGCUUGCUCAAGAUUCAGGUUCCUCCUCGGACUCGGACUCCAAAUCGGACUCCUCCUCGCGGUCAUCGCACUCCUCCUCUUCCUCCUCCUCCUCGUCUGGGGGUAAAAGCCAGCCCGCUCGCCAGCCGAAGAAGCCAGACCAAAGAGACGAGGCCGAAGACAAGAAAAAGACGAGUAAAGGAGCCGAGGAACGACACCCUCCCAAAAGGGAGGUGUCGGAGCCCAGCGCCGCCGCCGUGACCGAGGUGGAGCCGGAGUCGGAGAGCUCCAUGGCCCAGCAGCCCGCCUCCGGGGCCGAGCCGGAGAACAGCGAGGGCCGCCUGGAGGAGAGCACCACCCCUAAGGCUUUUGCCGCCCGCAAGAUAUCCCUGACCAGCAACAAGACGUCCCCGGCGCCCGCAGAUGGAGGAGCGGCGGACUCCGACUCGGCCGCCGCCGCCGCCGCCGGAAGGAAGAGGCGGUGGGGCUCCAGCACGGCGGUCACCGCCAAGAAGCCGUCCAUCAGCAUCACCACAGACUCCCUGAAGUCGCUGAUCCCUGACAUUAAGGUGAACCAGGAGGCCGUGGUGGAGCUGCACCCCGAGGAGCUGCAGUCGUCCGGGGACGAGGAGAACCUGGACGCCAGCCGGGACGACCCGGACAAAGGCCUGAAGAUCCGCCGCACCGUCACACAGGUGGUUCCAGGCGACAGUCAAGAAAAUGGUCAGACUCCGAACGAAGGCGAGGCGGAAGAGGAGGAGGAGGAGGAGGAGGCGGCGGCGGUGAAAACGGAGAAAGAGAAGCAUCGUAGGACGUCCAGAGACAACAGGAACAGCAGCGUCAGCGAGGACGCGCCGGAAGCGCAGCCGUCCGUCACGCUGGAGGGAGAAGCCAAGAAAAUCACUCCCAGCGACAGCCUGGUGCGUCGCUCCAUCAGCCAGCAGAAGUCCGGCGUGUCGGUCACCAUCGACGACCCGGUCCGCGCCGCCCGCCAGCCCUCGCCGCCCCGUGGGAAACUGUCCAACAUCAUCCACGUCACCAACCUGGUGCGACCUUUCACCCUGGGCCAGCUGAAGGAGCUGCUGAACCGCACCGGCGCCGUGCUGGAGGAAGGCUUCUGGAUCGACAAGAUCAAAUCCCACUGCUUCGUCACGUACUCGACAGUAGAAGAGGCCGUCGCCACCAGAGCGGCCCUCCACGGGGUCAGGUGGCCGACAAGCAACCCCAAAGUCCUGACCGUGGACUUCAGCGAGCAGGAUGAGCUGGAUUUCCACAAAGGCGUCCUGAAGCCGAUGCAGGUGGAGGAGGAGCCGCCCGCCCCGCCCGGGGGUCCUCCGGCCCGGCUGCCUCCUCUCAUGCCCGAGCGGGAGCGUGACCGGGAGCGCGAGCGGGACCGCGGCGUGCGCGACCUGUGGGCGGAGCGCGAGCGCGAGAUGGAGCGGCGGGAGCGGGCGCGCGGCGAGCGCGAGUGGGACCGGGACAAGGUCCGGGAGUUCGCCCGGCCCGGGGAGGACGGACAGCGGUCCCGGUCCAGAGAGCGCGAGAGGAGGAGGAGGGAGCGAGCCAAGAGCAAGGAGAGGAAGAGCGACAAGAAGGAGAAGGGCGACGAGCCUCCGGCCAAACUGCUGGACGACCUGUUCCUGAAGACCAAAGCGGCUCCGUGUAUCUACUGGCUGCCGCUCACCGAGGAGCAGGCGGCGCAGAGGCUGCUGGACCGCACCGAGCGGCAGAAGGAGCGCGAGCGGCGGCGGAAGGAGCAAGAGGAGGAGGACAAGAAGCGCGAGGAGGAGAAGAAGGAGAGGCUAAAGGGCCGGGAGAAAGACGGCGGCGCGUCGGCGGGCGGCGGCGCCACCGCGGGGAGAGGAGGAGGAGGAGGAGGCGGCGGUGGCGGCGACGCCGACAGAGAGCGGGGCGGCCGCGGCCGGGAGCGCGAGGCGGACAGGAAGAGGGACGACGGCGGCAGCCACCGGUCGUCCAGACGGGCCUCGGCGGGACCCGGGGGCGGCGGCCGGCGCUCCCGUAGUCGUAGCAACCCCAGGGACAGACGCCGCUGAGGCGACGGCGGCGGCGGCACGUCUCCGGCUCCGCCCCCUCACACCGACGCCAGCGUUGUCUUCCACACCUCCCCCUCCUCCCUUCUCCCCCCCUCCCUCUCUCUCUCCGUCUUCCACUGGCAGCACUGAGCGGUUGGUCCUGCAGGGGGCGGCGUCCCCCGGUGUGGAGGAGGGAGGGGGGAGGGAGGCGGAGGCGGGGGAGGCAGGGUCCUGCUUUCUGGCUCUCCUCCUCCUCAUCUGGUCCCUCUGAGGUUUUUAUUUUGGUCCUGCGGGCGCAGCACAGUUCCUUCCUCCUCCUCCCUGCCCUGUAAUAAAAGCGGUUGAAAAUAGAUCCCGACCCUCGCCUGUUUUCUAGGAUCUGUUUUAAUCUGUCACUGUUCAGCACAACGCUUCAGUUUCUUUUAGUUUUUCUACGAUUAAGAAGGUAGUUUUAUGAGAAAUGUUUCCUUUUUUUUUUUUUUUUUUUUUUUUUUUUGUUCCUCCUCUCUGGGAGAGUCGUCGAAGUGAAAAUGGUUCCCCCUCGUCUCCACACUGAGAGUUUUGACACGCGGUUCCCCAAAGAGACGAGUUCCAGUCUGCGUCCGGAGAAGUGUUGUCCUGUGACCUGCUGCGGAGGCUGAAAUCACUGCACUGGAAAAGAAAAAUACACAAAAAAAAAAAAAAAAAUACAAACAAAUCGUCCUCCGAUCCUCUCACCAUAUAUUUAUGAGCAGGUUAAAAAAAAAA